UGGGAGUGACGUGGAACACGACCUCGUCUCAGACGCCCCGUCUUUGGCUCCAGAAAGGGGAACGACGUACAGCCAGGCGGCGGACUGGCGGAGGCUCCCGGGGGGCACACAAGGGGGGGCCAAAGCUUUGUGGCUCAAGCGACGCGCUCAGGCUUCCGCCCUGCUUCACCCGCUGCCGCCCGCGCUGUUCCUCGCUGCUCCCUGCGCGCGGCGAUGGCGUUCGCCAGCUCGCUCUGCCUCCUGCUUCUCCUCCAGAUCCCGCUGGGCCUGGGCUACAACCAGACGGUCUCCCAGGGGCAGCUCCGGGGCCUUCCCGUCUUCUGCCAGUUGUGCGCAGACGGCGAGGUGUGCGUCGGGUACGACCACCUCUGGAGAUGCGUGGGCGGCUGCGCACAGACCGUGGCCUGCGACGCGGAGGGGUGCAGCACCUGCGGGGACCGCGCAGAGUACCUGAUGAACUGGAACAACCCCUUCCCCGCUGGCCUGCCCUUCGACGAGGCGCUGGGCACGGUGGCCCGCGAGUUCCCAGGACGAGUGCGGCUGCUUCCCGUCGGGGUCGGGGCUUGCGCUGACGGCGGCGCCGAGCGGAUCGGGCGUCUUCUGCAACCCGCAGCUGGACCAGAUGUGCCCUCCCGGCGACGUGGCUUGCCCGCAGUGCGGCUCGGACCGGUGCGAGUGCCCGAGCAGUCCUGCGGCUGCUCUGAGCUUAUCCGUGCCUGGCAACAGGUCGCUCCGGGGCCUCUCCGGGAAGAUCUACUGCAACCCAGGGCUGCAGCAGAUGUGCCCACCGGGCGACGUGGCGUGCCCGCAGUGCGGCUCGGACAGCUGCGAGUGCCCCAGCAGCCCGAGCCCGAGCCCGUCUCCUUCUGGCGCCACGUGUGGCAGGACGGGGCAGGUGUGCGCAGGCGGCGAGGCGUGCGUCGGGUACUACCACUCCUGGGGAUGUGUGGGCGGCUGCGCACAGACCGUGGCCUGCGACGCCUGGAAGGGGUGCAGCACCUGCGGGGACCGCGCAGAGUACCUGAUGAACUGGAACAACCCCGGCAGUGGCCUGUCCUUCGACGAGGCGCUGAGCACGGUGGCCCGCGAGUUCCCAGGCGAGUGCGGCUGCUUCCCGUCGGGGUCGGGGCCCGCGCCGACUGCGGCGCCGAGCGGAUCGGGCGUCUUCUGCAACCCGCAGCUGGACCAGAUGUGCCCUCCCGGCGACGUGGCUUGCCCGCAGUGCGGCUCGGACCGGUGCGAGUGCCCAUGAGUGUGACAGAGGUGUUUGCGAAGUGCGUCGAGCACGAUCAGAUGGGACCCUUGGGUCUGACCACAGCGCGAUGGUGACAUCGUGCACAGUGCCAUCCUGCUCGAGACUACAUUGCCCCCGCCAGUGUCAAUAGAGCAACGGCAGUACAGAGUGCAUGUGCGAGGAGGCUCCGACACCUGCAACCCUUCUCGAGAAUGUGGGUUGCCCUUGACAGGUGCCCCCAAAAAAUUAUCCUGGCGAAGGACCCAACCAUAUGCAGCUGUGCGUACCGCAAGUGUGAGUAUCUCCUUCGGUAGCAAUAGUCUGGCGACGAUUUGUCGUGUUCUUUUGACAAUUUGAGAUUAUUAUCUGAUUAUUUUGCAUUUUUCUCACAUCAUCCGCCUGCAGGAGGACAUGCCUGGCCUGAGGCUGAAGCGUUGGAGUGCGCUGUCGAAGUUGAACGCCGCACGCCCAUCCGCCGAGUGGGCGGGCGGACGCAAGUGGCCUGCGCCGUCCCGCCGGCCUCCCCUCGAAGAGGAGAGAGGCAGCAGGACUUCGACAGGUCGAGGUUGGAGCUGCGGUCGCUCCGCUCGACGUGAGCAACCUCGAAGGAGGUUGGCUGGGAGCCUCGAAGGUCAUUUUUGGAGCGUUGCAGUGGAGCGCGCUCGUCUAGCCUCGGCUCAUCGAUCGUUCUGGCCCUCUCUCUCGGCCCGGACGCGCCGCCCGCACCCUCGGUGUGCUGUGCUGGGCCCCCCGAGGGCGCGCCCCCCUCGGCGCGAAGGCUCGCGGAGGGCACUGCGCGAACGCUCUCGGUGCCUGCUAUCGAACGACGCCACGACGGUCCGAGCCUGAGGUGCGCGGAGCUUUGCCCAGGCGUCGCGCGAGAGGGGCCAGGAUGCCUCCAGAGGCUGCCGAGCCCACGAGCCUCCCAGCUGACGGAGCCUCGCAGGGAUU